GGCCUGACCUUGAAAGCGGAACGGGGUCCUUCGAUGGGUCCUUCCAGGAGGUGACUUUCAGCCGGCCGUUCGAGGCCACGGACUUUCCAUCCUAGAACCAUGGCCCAGUUUGUCCGUAAUCUCGCAGAGAAGGCCCCGGCACUGCUAAACGCUGCUGUGACUUACUCGAAGCCUCGAUUGGCCACAUUUUGGCACUAUGCCAAGGUUGAGCUGGUUCCUCCAACCCCUGCUGAGAUCCCUACAGCUAUUCAGAGCUUGAAAAAAAUAGUCAAUAGUGCUCAAACUGGUAGCUUCAAACAGCUCACAGUUAAGGAAGCUCUGCUGAAUGGUUUAGUGGCCACUGAGGUGUGGAUGUGGUUUUAUGUCGGUGAGAUCAUAGGCAAACGUGGCAUCAUUGGCUAUAAUGUUUGAAGACCAAUCGUUCACAUCUGUUUCUUUUGGGUUUAUUAUUCGAAUGUUCUUGGACCAUAUGUGAUCAGACUGGUAUUUGAAUAAAAUAUGUCAAAAUCAGCAUUUUCUAUAUCAAACAUUGCGUAGAUGGUCACAUUUUCUCUUGACAUUAAGUUGGAUUGCCUUUUGCUUUAUUAUAGCUCUAAAUGCAUGUCUUUGCUUAGCCUGAAAUUGAAAAGGAUAUAUGUGAAUAUACCAACUUGUUACAAUA